AUGGAUUGGUGUGGGGGGGAUAAGGGUUGUGGGUUUUUGUUGGUGGGGGUUGCUGUGGAGUGGUUGGUUGGUGGGGUAUGUUGGGUAUGUUUUGUGUUGUGGUGUGUGUUGUUGGUGUAUGGGGGGUUUGUGGGGGUGUGGUGGGGUUGGUGGGGGGAGGUGGUAGGGGUUGGGGGAGUUGGGGUUGGUGGGGGGGGGGUGGGGUUGGGUGGGUUGGGUUUGGGUAGGGGUGGGGAUGGAGUGGGGGUGGUGGGUGGGGGUCUUGGUGGGGUUGGUGUGGGGGGGUUGGUUUGGGGGGUGUGGGGAGUUUGGGGGGGUUGGGGGUUUUAG